AUGGACUUUAUGGUACCUGCCGGAGUGCGGCUCGAUCUAGCCGACGGCGCGCUAUGUCUACCGGAAGAAGUCCGUAUUCACCUUGCAGGACGUCGCCCCGCGUACGAAUCGAAGGUACAGUAUGUGACGGCGAAUGAUCAACACAUAAUGAUCACAUUCGGGGAGUCAAGAGAAGUGAAGUUAGGGAUCGGCGGGGCCAAGAUGAAGUUGUGGAUCGUCAGAGGACCCGACUGGUUACCUACGAUGAUCUCAGGGUUCGGUAGGAGGAAGUAUCGGCAGGUGAACAAUAUUGGCGAUCGCGAGAUUAUAGUGCCUACGCAUGCUUUACUGGGCGUGUGGACGGAAGACGACAUGAUACCAUGA